UUUUUUUUUUUUUGCGCGGGCUUUUAUUUUGGCACUCCCUAAUAUCCCUCCACUUCUUUUCCAGCACAUGACUUUUAUUUUGGUAUGAUCUGCACCGGAAGGGAGCGGUGAGACCAACACGAGCCGAGUGAAAAUAUGGCGUUAGGAGAUGCCUGGAAACAGUUGUCUUGGUUUUAUUACCAAUAUUUGCUCGUAACAGCUCUGUAUAUGUUGGAGCCUUGGGAGAGAACUAUCUUCAAUUCCCUCCUGAUCACGGUGGCAGCGAUGGCCGUCUACACCGGUUAUGUGUUCAUGCCUCAGCACAUAAUGGCCAUAUUACACUAUUUUGAAGUGGUCCAGUGACAUCA